GCGGCCGCCGCCACAGACAAAAGACCUAGGGGCCGGCCUCGCAAAGAUGGCGCUUCCCCUUUCCAGAGAGUCAGGAAGAAGCCUCGGAGUAGAGGAAAACCUGCAGUGGAGGAUGAAGACAGCAUGGAUGGGUUGGAGGCAGCAGAAACAGAAAACACUGUGGAAACCGAAGUUAAAGAACAAUCUUCAGAGGAGGACGCCCAAACUGAAGUGGAUGGCAACAAGAAGCUAACACCAAUUCUUCAGCGCUCAGUGUCUGAGGAAUCUGCAAGCUCCGUUGCCUCAAUUGGUGUUGAAGCAAAAACCAGCAGAGAACGUCUCUGCGCCUUUUGUUACUGUGGGGAACGAAGCUCAUUAGGACAAGGAGAACUAAAACAAUUCAGUCCGACACCAGGGUUUAUUGCUCCAUGGAACAACCAGGCUUCAAAGAAGAGUGAAACUGGGGAAGGCAACGAUAUCAUUUCUGAGAGUACUCUAAGGCAGAACUCAGUCCCGCGUAAAUCAAGAGGACAAAAGAAAGAGAAGUCUCAUCAGAGUAUAACAUCAUGUACAAGUAUAAGCACGCAAACGACUCCUGAUGAUAGGGUAGUCAGAUUAUGGGAUGAACUCAAAAUGGUUGGCCUACCAGAUGACAUUGAUGUCCAAGCCUUAUUUGAGCCUACAGGUCACUGCUGGGCUCAUCACCGCUGUGCGGAGUGGUCACUGGGAGGGUGCCAGACGGAAGAGUCACCCCCAGUGAAUGUGGACAAAGCCGUUGUCUCAGGGAGCACAAAACAAUGUGCAUAUUGCAAGCACCUUGGAGCCACUAUCAAAUGCUGUGAAGAGAAAUGCACCCAGAUAUACCAUUACCCGUGUGCUGCUGGAGCAGGCACUUUUCAGGAUUUCAGUAACUUCUCCCUCCUUUGCCCAGACCACAUUGAUCAGGCUCCACAAAGAUCAAAGGAAGAAACAAACUGUGCAUUGUGUGAUAGCCCUGGAGACCUCCUAGAUCAACUUUUUUGUACUACCUGUGGCCAGCAUUAUCAUGGGAUGUGCCUGGAUAUCCAAGUGACACCUAUAAAACGGGCAGGUUGGCAGUGUCCUGACUGCAAAGUGUGCCAGAACUGCAAGCAUUCCGGAGAAGACAAUAAGAUGCUCGUGUGUGAUACAUGUGACAAAGGGUAUCACACCUUUUGUUUACAACCAGUUAUGGACUCCGUACCAACAAAUGGCUGGAAAUGCAAAAACUGCAGGGUAUGCGCAGAAUGUGGAACACGUGCUAGUAGCCAGUGGCAUCACAACUGUCUCAUGUGUGACAGUUGUUACCAUCAGCAUGACAACCUACCUUGUCCUUUCUGUGAAAAAUCAUCCCAUCCCGACUUGCAAAAAGACAAGCUGCGUUGCCAUAUGUGCAAAAGGUGGAUUCACAUAGAAUGUGACAAACCCCCUGAUAAUGACCUGGAUGCUCAAUUAAAAGAAUAUAUCUGCAGCCUCUGCAAACAUUCAGAAGGGGAAGCGGUACAUUCACAACCGUGUGAUAUAAUGGAGACUGCCCAACUGCUCCCCGAAGCUGGACCAGUUUGUGCAGAUGGAAUGGAAAUAGAAGAUGAUGCAGAUGAUGUAGUAAACAAGGACCAGCUAAUAAUGGACUGCAGCCUUACUAAAGAGCCAGGCAUUGGAUACAUCAUAGAUGGCAUCUCAGUAGAUGACAAGAAUGGUGAACUGGAAAAGCAUGUUUCUGAUCAUUUUGGUACUGAUGAAAUGGAGCCAUCUUCUAAAAAGAGUCCCACACCUGAUGGUGAUCACAUUGACAAAGAGAUGGCAGUGGCUGAAAAUAUUCCAGUUAUAAUUCAACAAGUAUCAGAAAAGCAAGCAGAGGAAAUGAAGCCAUCCCAGGAGAGCACUGAGGUGUUAGAGGCCUCUACGGAGGAAUCUCAGCUUCCACCUGUGACACCUGACCCCAUAGCCAAGACGCCAGAAACCUUCCUUUUGGUAAACAAAGAGAGAUCCUCCUUCAAGAAAGAAGAGCAAUUGGAAGCAAGGAUAAUGCCAGAAAAUGCAGAAGGAGGUAACACUCCUGAAAAUUAUGAAACCUCGUCUCUUCCUGCAAGUGAAAGUUGUGCAACUGACAGUUCACCAUUAGGAGAGAAAUCUUUAAAAUCACCAGCUGAGACAUAUUCUUCAUUUCCAUCAUCUGUUGAAGUAAACAAGACCAGUGUGUCUUCCUCACCAGCAGCUUCAUUGGAGUUGGGCUCUUCACAUGACAUGAUGCGCAGUCAAGCUUCAUCGCUCGAAUCCUCAGCAACUCUUCCAGCAGCAUAUGUACCUUUCACUCCAAAAAUUGGUAUGGGGAAACCAGCGAUCACCAAAAGAAAGUUUUCUCCUGGGAGACCAAGGUCAAGACAGGGGGCUUGGAGUACCCAUAAUACAGUGAGCCCACCUUCCUGGUCCCCAGACAUUUCAGAAGGUCGGGAAACUUUUAAAUCCAGACUGCUAUCUGGCAGUGCCAUGUGGAGCAUCAAAGUGGGUCGAGGAUCAGGGUUCCCUGGAAAGCGGAGACCACGUGGUGCAGGCCUUUCUGGGAGAGGUGGAAGAGGAAGGUCAAAAUUGAAGAAUGGAAUUGGGUCUGUUCUUACUCCAGGGGUCAUGGAUAUGGAUACUUUUUCUAGCAAAGAUGAGGAAGAAAAUUCCAUGCACAAUACCGUUGUACUAUUUUCCAGCAGUGACAAGUUUACUUUGCAGCAGGAUAUGUGUGUCGUUUGUGGGAGUUUCGGCCAAGGUGCAGAAGGCCGAUUGCUUGCCUGCUCCCAGUGUGGUCAGUGUUACCACCCCUACUGUGUCAGUAUUAAGAUUACAAAAGUGGUGCUCCACAAAGGAUGGAGGUGCCUUGAGUGCACUGUGUGCGAAGCCUGCGGGAAGGCUACCGACCCGGGACGGCUGCUCCUUUGCGAUGACUGUGAUAUCAGCUACCACACGUACUGCCUAGAUCCUCCACUGCAGACAGUUCCCAAAGGAGGGUGGAAAUGCAAAUGGUGUGUUUGGUGCAGACACUGCGGAGCGACUUCUCCCGGCCUAAGAUGUGAAUGGCAGAAUAAUUACACACAGUGUGCUCCCUGUGCAAGUUUAUCUACCUGUCCAGUCUGCUGCUGCAAUUACAGAGAAGAAGAGCUUAUUCUGCAGUGCAGGCAGUGUGACAGAUGGAUGCAUGCAGUCUGUCAAAACUUCAGCACAGAAGAGGAAGUAGAAAGCACAGCUGACAGUGGUUUUGAUUGUUCCAUGUGUAGACCAUAUAUACCACCAGUAAAUGUGCCUUCCUCUGAAUGCUGUGAAUCAUCAAUUGCAGCCCAAAUUAUAGCAAAGGCAAAAGAACUUGACUCCCCGAAGACAUACACUCAGGAUGGAGUCUGUUUGACGGAAAUGGGAAUGUCUCAGUUACAGAGCCUCAGUGCUGUUGUACCAAGAAGAAAACGGACAAAACCAAAGCUCAAGUUGAAAAUUAUAAAUCAGAAUAGUGUGGCUGUACUCCAGACACUGCCUGAUAUACAAUCAGAACACUCAAGGGAUGGCGAGAUAGAUGACAGUAGAGAAGGAGACCUCAUGGACUGUGAAGGAAAAUCAGACACUAGCCCUGAACGGGAAGCUGCAGAGGAUGAUCCUAAGGGGGUAGAAGGAACAGAAGGGAUCAAGAAGAGAAAAAGAAAACCAUACAGACCAGGCAUUGGUGGAUUUAUGGUGCGCCAGAGAAGUCGUACAGGACAAGGAAAAACAAAGCGGUCUCUCUCCAGGAAAGAUUCCUGUGGCUCCAUAUCUGAACAGAUGCCCAACAGAGAUGAAAGCUGGAGUGAACAGCUACCAGAUACACCAGUGGACGAAUCUACUCCUGCUUCUGAAAAUACAGAGAAAAUUAAAAAACGUUACAGGAAGAAGAAAAACAAGCUUGAAGAAACCUUUCCAGCAUACUUGCAGGAAGCUUUUUUUGGAAAAGACCUCCUAGACACCAGUAGGCAAAGUAAACCAAGUUUAGAUCAUUUAUCUGAAGAAAGCCUUAACAUUUCAUGCAAAGUAAAUUUGAAUGCAAACUUCUUAGAUCCAUCUUCAGACCUACUACCCAGCGCAACUUCUACUCCCGUUCCAUCAAAACUUGGAACACAAGGUACCUCUGAUGAUCCUUUAGCAGCCCUUUCAGAUGUGUUGAACACUGAUGAGGAUAUUCUUGGAAUACUUUCUGAUGAUUUGGUGAAAUCUGGGGAACAUUCAGGUCUUGAUUUAUGCACUUUCCAGGUUGAGAACUCAUCUUCCCCAUUUGCUGGACUAGAUAUUGGACCCAUCUCUGACGAUCCCUCCUCUUUGCCUCCACCAUGUGUCAGUCAGACUGCACGAUCAUUGAGUGAAGAACAGCUAGAUGGAAUCCUCAGCCCUGAACUGGACAAGAUGGUCACAGAUGGUGCCAUUCUUGGUAAACUGUACAAGAUUCCAGAGCUGGAAGGAAAGGACGUCGAAGAGCUGUUCACUGCUGUACUGAGUCCUGCAACCACUCAAUCAGCUCCUUUGCCACAGCCCCCACCUCCGCCCCUGCCUCCACCACAGCUAGUACAUUUGCACAAUCAAGGAGAGAAUGUGUUUUCAAGAGUUCCACUUAUGAAUGGUUUGAUUGGACCAGCCCCCCAUCUCUCUCAUCCCCCGUUGGUUCCUGGAGGUGGAUUAGGCACUUUUUCUACUAUAGCACAACCAUCGUAUACAGAUACCAGGGAUAAGAAUGCAACGUUUAAUGCGGUGAUGAAUGAUACCACCAGUUCUUGGGUCCCAUCUGCUGCCCCACUGGAAGGUGAGGGCGAUACCAUGUCUAAUGCACAGAGAAGCACUCUGAAAUGGGAGAAAGAGGAAGCACUUGGUGAAAUGGCAACGGUGGCACCUGUUUUGUACACAAAUAUCAAUUUUCCAAACCUCAAAGAGGAGUUCCCAGACUGGGCGACAAGAGUGAAGCAGAUUGCUAAACUGUGGAGAAAAGCAAUCUCGCAGGAAAGAGCUCCAUAUGUGCAAAAAGCCAGAGAUAAUAGAGCUGCUCUGCGAAUCAACAAAGUGCAGAUGUCAAAUGAUUCCAUGAAAAGGCAGCAGCAACAGGAUAGCAUUGAUGCAAGCUCUCGUAUCGACUCUGAACUCUUUAAGGACCCAUUAAAGCAGAGGGAGUCGGAGCACGAGCAAGAGUGGAAAUUUAGACAGCAAAUGCGUCAGAAAAGUAAACAGCAAGCUAAAAUUGAAGCAACUCAGAAGCUUGAGCAAGUGAAAAACGAGCAGCAGCAACUACAACAGCAGCUUGGGUCGCAGCAGCUUCUGAGCCAGUCAGGUUCAGACACCCCUAGCAGUGGGAUGCAAAGUCCCUUAACCCCUCAGACUGGCAAUGGAAGUAUGUCUCCCGCACAACAGACAUUCCCCAAAGACUUAUUUAUAAAACAGUUGCCUAGUACCCCUACCUCCACUCCUUCUGAUGUAUUUCUAAAACCACAACCCCCUCCUCCACCUGCAACGACAAACAGAAUGCCUGUUCAAGAUGCACAUUCUCAGGCUCCUUCACAACAGAUUUUUUCUCCUAGCUCCUCUAACACAAGGCCACCUUCUCCGGUUGACCCAUAUGCAAAAAUGGUGGGGACGCCCAGGCCACCACCCGUUAACCAAAAUCAAAACUUUGUCAGGAGAAAUUCUGUUACAUCAGUAGAUAUCCGUCCACCCCCAUCACCCAUAUCCAGGCCAGCUCAGGUAUCUGAAUCAACAGGAAGCCGGCCAUCACCAGUCAGAGAUUCAUGUUCUCUGUCUCCAGUCAGCAAUGAUCCUUAUGCAAAACCUCCAGAUACACCCGGGCCUAUAGUUGCAGUAGAACCAUUCUCCAAGCCUUUGGGGCUACCAAGAUCACCUCUAAUUCCAGAACAACCUGGGAAACCUUCUUUAACAGCAGCAAACAAUGAUCCAUUCACAAAGCCACCUCCUAGAACAGAUGCAUUUCAAAGGCCUCGAAUGCCUCCUGCAGAUUCAUAUGUACGGCCACCAUUGACUCCAACUUCUGUUGUUGAGGGAAGUCCUGGUAUGUUUAAAACUCCAAUGCGCCCUCCUCAAUCCCCUCAAGACCCUUAUGCCUCGAUUCCAUCAACCCCAAGACGUAUGAGUGUGGAUCCCUAUGAACGGCCUGUGUUGACACCAAGACCUAUGGAUAGCUUUUCACAUAAUCCAUCUAAUGAUUUAUACACUCAGCCCCCUCUGACACCACACACAGCAAUAAAAGAAACCUUUGUCCAUCCUCAAAGAGUAGCACGAAACCAGAGUGAUUCUUUUUCUCAGUCUGGAACUAUCUUAAGGGGAGCUGCUCAGGACCCUUAUGCCCAGCCUCCAGGUACUCCACGCCCAGUCUCGGACCCUUACGCCCAGCCUCCGGGUACUCCACGCCCAGUCUCGGACCCUUAUGCCCAGCCUCCGGGUACUCCACGCCCAGUCUCGGACCCUUACACCCAACCUCCGGGUACUCCACGCCCAGUCUCGGACCCUUACGUCCAGCCUCCGGGUACUACGCGCCCAGUCUCGGACCCUUACGCCCAGCCUCCGGGUACUCAGCGCCCAGUCUCGGACCCUUACGCCCAGCCUCCAGGUACUCCGCGCCCAGUCUUGGACCCUUAUGCCCAGCCUCCGGGGACUCCGCGCCCAGUCUCAGACCCUUAUGCCCAGCCUCCGGGGACUCCGCGCCCGGUCUCGGACCCUUAUGCCCAGCCUCCGGGGACUCCCCGGCCCUCUACUGUUGAUCCAUAUAUGCAUCAACCACCUACCCCAAGACCUGCACAGGCAGCAGACUUAUUUGCUCAGGUUCCAGCUAAUCAAAGGCAUUCUGACCCAUAUGUCCAGCCUCCCGGUACACCAAGACCGGUUAGUAAUGAUCCAUAUUCCCAGCCACCAGCAACUCCAAGGCCUGGAAUAUCAGAAACUUAUAGUAGACCAGCUGCAAUGCCAAACCGAGAUCCUUAUCUACAGGUGUCACAGAACAGGACUUUACCUGGGACUUUCAUAAGGCCAUCUGAUCCAUGUACUCAGCCUCCAAGGACAUCAGGAUCUGCUGUGACGGAUUCUUUUAGCCAUGCUCCAACAGCCGCAUCAUGCGACCCUUAUGAUCAACCUCCAGUGACUCCAAGACCUCAACCAGAAAACUUUGGAACUGCUCAGCUUCCCCGUGAUGUAGAUAAAACAAGGUCUGCAUCUGAGGGGAACUUCAGUGCAUCUGCAAACUCUUCCAUGAGUUCACAGGGGCAACAAUUUCCCCAGACCUCUCAAGUUCCUGGCCCAGCAUCAACAACAGGAGCAACAAAUACACAGAGCACAAUGUCUCAGGUAGAUGCAGAGAAACUAAGACAGCGCCAGAAAUUACGUGAAAUUAUUCUGCAGCAGCAGCAACAAAAGAAGAACGCAGCGCGUCAAGAGAAAGCACCACUGCAGCCUGUCACAACACCUCACGCAGCACCUGUUCAGCAAUGGCAGCAAGAAAAUCUGAACCAGGUCUUCAACCGGCCUCCUCCACCCUACCCUGGCAACGUUAGGUCAGCCAUGGUUCCACCUGGAGGCUUACAGUUCCCGGGGUUUGCUGUUGAUGGACAGUUUAAUAGACCCCAGUUUCCAGGAGAUCUGGGUGGCAUGGGUGUGAGGCCUCAUGGAAUUAGAUUUGGUUUUUCUGGAGGUGGUCGUGGUCCUCCACCAUGUCAAGAACGUUUCCUUGGUCCUCCACAACAGAUGCAACGUGCUGCAGUUCCACCACAACUAAGAAGAUCCAUGUCUAUAGAUCUGCCUAGACUAACAAACAAACCACAAAUGAGUAAUCCUAUUGGGCUGCCCCAGCAUUUCCCACCACAAGGUAUUCAGGUUCAGCAGCAUAACAUAAUGGGCCAGGCAUUCAUCGAGCUGUGUCACAGAGCACCUGAAGGCAGACCAAGGCUUCCUUUUAAUUCCUCGUCAACUACUGCGGCUAUGAACAUGGUUCCCCAGCACCAGCUGCGUGCAGGGUUUGUGCCUCGGCAGGACUGUCAAGGCUCAAGACAAUUGGAGCCAGCAAGACACAACCCUCCACUGCAUGCGUCCACAGGCUUGGAACAUUUACCACCCUCUCAGCAAGAUCCUGUGAAUGCCAGUCCUGUGCUGGUCAUGUGCCCUUUAAAUCAUCCACCAGUUAACGAGGCUUUUCCAGGAGCUCCUCUGCCAGCAUCAGCCUCUGCUGAAGCAACGGGUGGUUUACAGAUUCCAAACCAACACACUGAUGGAUUAGAAGAAAAGCUUGAUUCCGAUGAUCCUGCUGUGAAGGAUUUAGACGUCAAAGACCUCGACGGUGUGGAGGUGAAGGAUUUAGUCGAUGAAGAUCUUGAAAAUCUAAACCUAGACCCAGAGGAUGGGAAAGGGGAUGAGCUGGACACAUUAGAUAAUCUUGAAACUAAUGACCGUCACCUUGAUGACCUCCUAAGAUCAGGAGAAUUUGACAUAAUUGCUUACACGGAUCCAGAACUUGAUUUGGGUGACAAAAAGAGUGUGUUUAAUGAGGAGCUGGAUCUCAGCGUCCCGAUAGAUGAUAUCCAGGGCAAAGGAGAUGAUGCUCAGCAGAAGCCUCAAGAUAAUAAAGCCGCAGUUCCUGCAGACUUGCUUGUGCUUCAGAAAAAGCCUGUCGAGGUUACCGAGAUUAAAACCGAAGUGCUCUCUCCAAAUAUAUUAGAGGAAGUGAAACCUGAAAAUGAAAAAAGUGAUGGGAAUGGGGCAUCUUCAAGCACUCCCCUUACCGCUGAAACAGAAUUGCUCAAUGGAGAGAAGAAGUCCACGUUCCUUUGUAAUGUGGAGCUACCAGACAAAGCAAGUACUAACGAGGAAACCACUAUGUCUAGUCCAGGUGCUGUCCAGGGCCCUGCUCAAAGUAUAACAAGCCCUUGCAAUAUUUCUGGAUCUACUCCAGUUCUUACAAGUUUGCUAGCUAACGAGAGUUCAGACAGCUCUGACUCCAGGCCACUGAACUCUCCCCCUCACUCUUUGCCAGCAGCACAAACCAACCCCGUUUCAAGUAUUCCACAGACUUUAAUGGCACCUGCUGGUCAGACCAUGGAAAAUGCAGUGCCUCCCAAUGUGAACGUGGUUCCACAGAUAAGCCAUAAUUUCUCUCAAGGGACAGCAGUGAAUCCGGCCUUCAUCCCCGGCCAGCCUGUUAACCAUAACUUGGGGACAGGGCACCCUGGGAAUCAAACUGUGCCUGUUGUGAAUCGCCCCGGACCCAGUGGUAUGCCUUCUUCCCAGCAGAUGAUGCUUCCUCAAACAUUGGCCCAGCAACAAAAUCGAGAGAGGCCUCUUCUGCUAGAGGAACAGCCUCUGCUGCUACAGGAUCUUUUGGAUCAAGAAAGGCAGGAGCAGCAGCAGCAGCGACAGAUGCAGGCUAUGAUUCGCCAGCGUUCAGAGCCAUUUUUCCCUAACAUUGAUUUUGAUGCAAUCACUGAUCCUAUAAUGAAAGCGAAAAUGGUGGCCCUGAAAGGGAUUAAUAAAGUAAUGGCACAGAACAAUAUGGGGAUGCCUCCAAUGGUCAUGAACAGAUUUGCCUUUAUGGGUCAGUCUGUGCCAGGAGCACAGAGUGGUGAAGGCCCGAAUCUAGUACAACAAGCAAUUACACAGGAUGGAAACCUAACACCUCAGAUUUCUAGACCAAACCCUCCAAAUUUUGGUCCUGGUUUUGUAAAUGAUUCACAUAGAAAGCAAUAUGAAGAAUGGCUGCAAGAAACACAGCAACUGCUUCAAAUGCAGCAGAAAUUCCUUGAAGACCAAAUAGGAGCACACAGAAAAUCAAAAAAAGCACUUUCUGCAAAACAGCGUACUGCGAAGAAAGCUGGCCGAGAAUUCCCUGAGGAAGACGCAGAGCAGCUUAAGCAUGUUACAGAGCAGCAGAGUAUGGUUCAGAAGCAGCUAGAACAGAUCCGAAAGCAACAAAAGGAACAUGCAGAACUCAUUGAAGAGUACCGCAUCAAGCAGCAACAGUGUGGCAUGGGCCCUCAUACCAUGAUGCCCGGCAUGCCGUCUCAGCCGCCAAUGGUCCCAGGAGGAUCACCACCAGCAAUGGGUCAGCAAAGCUUCCCGAUGGUACCACAACAGCUUCAGCAUCCGCAGCAUACAGUUGGUGUUCCUGGGCAACCCAGCCAGCCUCGGAUGCCAAGUUUGCCUGGGUGGCAACCUCCCAACACUGGCCCGACACACAUCCCCCACAAUGCACCAAGACUGCAGCCUCCACUAACACAGUUGCCGGUGAAUCCUGUGACGCCCACUUCUGUUCCGGCUCCCGCUGCAAGCGUGCAGUCAGGGCCGCCGCCACGUGUCGAGUUCGAUGACAAUAACCCGUUCAGCGAAAGCUUCCAGGAGCGGGAACGAAAGGAGCGUCUGCGAGAGCAGCAGGAAAGGCAGCGGAUUCAGCUGAUGCAGGAGGUGGAUCGGCAGAGAGCUUUGCAGCAAAGGAUGGAAAUGGAGCAACAUGGCCCGAUGGCCUCAGAAUUAAAUGCAAGGCCUCCCUUGAACCAAGUCCCAUUCUUCAAUUCUGACCUGCCCUGUGAUUUCAUGCAACCUCCACGGCCCCUUCAGCAGUCUCCACAGCAGCAGCAGCAAAUGGGACCCAUUUUGCAGCAAGGACCGUUGAACACUGCAUCUGACCCCAACUUUCUCCUGUGUGGUGAGCAACAACCUGUGGGAUCUUCCCCUUUUGGACCUGAUCCACCCCCUGUUCCAGAUGGAAGUCCCACUUUCCAUUCUGUUAAACAAUCCCAUGGAAAUAUCUCUGGGGCCAGCUUUAGUCAGUACCAAGGUAGACCUCAGUUUGCCCCUAGCUUGCCUGCAUCUUCUCCGGCAGCCGGCACCGGUUCCCCCUGCAGUCAGGACACCGGCAUGACCCACGGAACCAGCUGUCCUGGAGUAAGUCAGUCCCUCAUUCAGCUCUAUUCUGAUAUCAUUCCAGAGGAGAAGGUCAAAAAGAAAAGAACAAGGAAAAAGAAAAAAGAGGAUGAUGCCGAAUCAAUAAAUACCCCGUCGACACCACACUCAGAUAUCACAGCACCCCCAACUCCAGUUGUUUCAGGUGCCGUCUGCACCCCAACAGUGAGCACGCCCAGUGAACUUUCACGCCAUCCAGGGGAGAUGGAGACAGAAGAGCUGGCAGGCUCAUCAACUCCAAAUGCGGCAGAGAGUCAGUCUUCCUUAGAACCGAAAGGUCAGCUCUCCAAUAGCGAUUUGCCACAAAACAAAUUGCCUGAGCAAUCAAGCGUGAAGCCAGAAACAGACAAGGUCAAGACUGAUGCUUCUGGGAGCAUUCAGGAAAUUAGACCGGAAAAGACAGAAGCUGAUCAGUGCCCUAGUCAAGCUGAGCCUAAGAUGGAGACUCAAAGUGGCAUUAAAGUGGAAGAGGAUAAAGCCUCAGCACAGCCUGCCCCUUCUUCAGAGGGUCAGGCACAACCCACCAGCAUCCCAGGAGCAAAAGGGGAAACAGGGAACGAACUCCUCAAACACUUGCUUAAGAACAAAAAAUCUGCCUCUCUUCUCAAUCAGAAAUCAAAAAGCAGCUUCCCAUCAGAAGAGAGUACUGAGGAGAGCAAAUACAUGGAAAAACGGGACCCAGCUGAAGGCAGCAUGCAAUUGUUGGGAAAUCCAUUGCAGGGCACACUGGGAUGUGGUAACAGCCAGCUUCAGAGAGCAGAUUUAGGGCAUGAAAUGAAAAAGCAGCGAAACAAACGAACGCAAAGGGCGGGUGAGAAGGCAGCACCUCGAUCUAAGAAGAGAAAGAAAGAGGAAGAAGAAAAACGGGCUAUUUACCCUAACGCUGACACCUUUGUGCAGUUAAAACAGCAACUCUCUUUACUGCCUCUAAUGGAGCCGAUAAUUGGUGUGAGUUUUGCCCACUUCCUGCCGUAUGGCAGCGGCCAUCUGAAUAGUGGAAGUCGCCUUAUGGGAAGCUUUGGUAGCGCUACACUUGAUGGGGUAUCAGAUUACUAUUCUCAGCUAAUUUACAAGCAGAACAACCUGAGCAACCCUCCCACCCCUCCAGCGUCACUCCCUCCUACACCUCCACCUGUGGCUUGCCAAAAAAUGGUCAACGGAUUUGCAACCACCGAGGAACUCACUAGCAAGGCUGGAAUGCUUGGGGGACAUGAUGUUACCAAGGCUUUAGGACCCAAGCAGUUUCAGCUGCCUUUCAGACCUCAGGAUGAUCUCUUAGCCAGAGCUAUGGCUCAGGGUCCUAAAAGUGUGGAUGUUCCUGCUUCCCUUCCAACCCCACCUCAUAACAAUCAUGAAGAACUAAGGGUUCAAGAUCCUUGUGGUGAUCGAGACACUCCUGACAGUUUUGUCCCGUCUUCAUCUCCUGAGAGUGUUGUGGGCAUGGAAAUAAGCAGGUAUCCUGAUCUGUCAGCUGUCAAGGAAGAGAUCCCGGAGCCUGUUCCAUCUCCUAUCAUUCCAAUCCUACCCACUAGUACUGGAAAGGGUUCAGAAGCAAAAAGGAAUUUUAUCAAAACAGAACCUUGCUUGGGGUUUUUUGGCUCUCAGCUUGGACCUUCCCCAAAUGGUCCAAAAUCUGGCCUUGUAUCUGUAGCAAUUACUUUACACCCCACAGCUGCAGAGAACAUUGGCAAUAUCGUAGCUGCCUUUUCCAGCCUCCUGCAUGUCAGAAUUCCGAACAGCUAUGAGGUUAGCAGCACCCCAGAGGUUCCUUCUUCAAUGGGAAUGUUGACCACUCACAGAGCAAACCCAGCCUUUGAGUACAGACAGCAGCUGCUGCUUCAUGGUCCCCAGCCAGGCACUGUCAGCUCUUUCAGACUAGCAGGGCCUUAUGGACUCAAACAGCCUCACAUGCCAUUUCCACCAAGUGGCAACGGUUUUAAGGCUCAUAGUUCCAGCAUGACAGAUGGUUCAGUCCUGAGGCCACAGUGGUGUUCACACUGUAAGGUGGUAGUUCUGGGCAGUGGUGUGCGGAAGUCUUUCAAAGAUCCACCUUUCCUGAAACAGGAUUCCAGAGAGAAAUCUGAGAGAAUGGAGAAAGACGUUGUCUUCUGUAGCAAUAACUGCUUUGUUCUCUACUCAGCAUCCAUGCAAGCAAAAAAUUCAGAGAGCAAGGAAUCGAUUCCUUCCUUACCUCAGUUCCCCACGAAGGAGGUGCCUCCCAAAGUGUUCCAUCAGUAUAACAACAACAUUUCCACGCUGGAUGUCCACUGUCUCCCUCAACUCCAGGAAAAGGUUUCUCCACCAUCAUCUCCCCUCAUUACCUUCCCGCCCGCUUUUGAAGCUGCCCUGGUGGAGCCGAAACCAGACGAGCUGAAAGUGACAGUGAAACUCAAACCCCGUUUGAGAACCAUCCCCAAUGGUUUUGACGACUGUCGGCCAUUAACUAAGAAAUGGAAAGGAAUGAAGUGGAAGAAAUGGAACAUCCAGAUUGUGAUUCCUAAAGGAACCUUCAGGCCUCCUUGUGAUGAGGAGAUAGAUGAGUUCCUCAGGAGACUGGGCACAACCAUCAAACCUGAUCCCGUACCUAAGGACUACCGAAAGUGUUGUUUCUGUCACGAAGAGGGGGAUGGGUUAACAGAUGGACCAGCAAGACUGCUUAACCUUGACCUAGAUCUUUGGGUCCAUUUGAACUGUGCGCUUUGGUCUACUGAGGUCUACGAGACACAAGCUGGUGCCUUAAUAAAUGUGGAGCUGGCCCUGCGCAGGGGCUUGCAGAUGAAAUGCACAUUCUGUCACAAGAUGGGCGCCACCAGCGGCUGCCACAGGUUAAGGUGCACCAAUAUUUAUCACUUUACCUGUGCCAUUAAAGCACAAUGCAUGUUUUUUAAAGACAAAACCAUGCUUUGCCCCAUGCACAAACCAAAGGGAGCUCAUGAGCAGGAACUCAGCUAUUUCGCAGUCUUCAGGCGGGUCUACGUCCAGCGCGACGAAGUCCGCCAGAUUGCCAGCAUCGUACAACGGGGGGACCGAGAACACACCUUCCGGGUGGGGAGCCUCAUCUUCCACACUAUUGGCCAGCUGUUGCCGCACCAGAUGCAGGCCUUCCACUCCUCAAAGGUCCUCUACCCUGUGGGCUAUGAGGCCAGCCGGUUAUAUUGGAGUAUGCGGUAUGCCAACCGCAGAUGUCGCUACCUGUGUUCUAUUGAAGAGAAGGACGGCCUUCCCCUUUUUGUGAUCAGGAUCACUGAGCAAGGCCAUGAAGAUUUGGUUCUUAGUGACUCAACCCCAAAAGGUGUUUGGGAUAAAAUCCUGGAUCCUGUUGUUGCUGUAAGGAAGAGUUCUGAAAUGCUUCAGCUCUUCCCUGCAUAUCUGAAGGGCGAAGACCUCUUUGGUUUGACCGUCUCUGCAGUGGCAAGAAUAGCAGAAUCUCUUCCUGGGGUUGAGGCUUGUGAGAAUUACACCUUCCGAUAUGGCCGAAACCCGCUCAUGGAACUCCCGUUGGCCAUCAACCCCACAGGCUGUGCCCGCUCUGAGCCGAAAAUGAGUACCCAUGUCAAGAGGUUUGUGUUAAGGCCUCAUACCUUGAAUAGCACCAGCACUUCAAAGUCAUUUCAGAGCACAGUUACCGGAGAACUGAAUGCACCUUACAGUAAACAGUUUGUUCAUUCAAAGUCCUCACAGUACCGAAAAAUGAAGACCGAAUGGAAAUCCAAUGUGUAUCUGGCACGUUCACGUAUUCAGGGCCUGGGCUUAUAUGCUGCUAGAGACAUUGAAAAGCACACCAUGGUCAUUGAAUAUAUUGGAACCAUCAUCCGCAAUGAGGUAGCCAACAGGAAAGAGAAGCUGUAUGAAUCUCAGAAUCGUGGGGUGUACAUGUUCCGCAUUGACAAUGACCAUGUCAUUGAUGCCACAUUGACAGGAGGACCUGCAAGGUAUAUUAACCAUUCCUGUGCACCAAACUGUGUGGCUGAGGUGGUAACCUUUGAAAGGGGACACAAGAUUAUUAUCAGCUCCAGCAGGAGAAUCCAGAAAGGAGAAGAGCUCUGUUAUGACUAUAAGUUUGAUUUUGAAGACGACCAGCACAAGAUUCCAUGUCACUGUGGAGCUGUAAACUGCCGAAAAUGGAUGAACUAGAUGCAUUCCUUGCUGUCUCAGAGGGUUGCUUGUCCCAAGAAGUGAUGUUUGGGGUUGGGA